AAAGUAAGUGGCUUUUAUAUCGUGCUUUCAGACUAUUUCGUUUGAGUUACACAUCUAAAAUUUACGUCUUGAUGUUUACAGCAAGAAACGUCUUCGGUAAGAGAGCAAAUCCUUGAUUUGAGAGUAAGUAUCUUAUUUAAAAUGUUCUUUUAAGAAUGUUUGUAAAUAAAGGGUUCUGAUUGUAAUGAAUCUGUUGCAGGGCAACAUCCGAGUAGUGUGCCGUUUGAAACCGACAGCUAUGGGAAUACCAGAUCUGAAGUACGAUGAGGAAACCGUUUCCAUCAGAACUGAUAAAGGUGACAAACUCUUCAGGUUUCAACGUGUUUUUGGACCAGAGACAACUCAGGAUAUGAUGUUUAGUGCUUCAAAGCAUAUGAUUCAGUCAGCCAUUGAGGGAUCACAAAUUAUGAUUUUUACGUACGGGGCUACAGGCUCAGGAAAAACCCACACCUUGUUUGGUGCUGGGGACGGUGUGGUGCCACGAUCAUUAGAUUUAAUUUUCGAACAACAACAAAUAGUAAGCUUUUUUUAAAUUUUUUUUAUAAAAUUGCUUUCUGUAAUAUUUAAAUCAAA